AUGGUUCUAAUCGAUGGAGUUAAAUAUGCCUGUCAAAGGUGUAUACGAGGUCACAGGGUAAGUACGUGUAAUCAUGUAGACCAGCCAUUGACAGUAAUAAAACCAAAGGGUAGACCCUCAACUACUUGUAACCAUUGUAAAACAAUGAGACAAAAUCAUAAUAUCAAUCCCACUGGUAAGUGUGAAUGUGGUAAGCAGUUAAAAUCUCCAAAGAAUAGAAGGAGGAGAACAAAAUCAACUAAAUCAUUAAAUGGUGAAACAUCAUCUGGAUUACUAUCACCAAAAAGCAUUAUUGGUAACACUACCAUUACAACUACAACACCUAGCAUUAAUAAUGAUAACAAUAAUAAUAAUAAUAAUAAUAAUAAUAAUAAUAAUAAUAAUAAUAAUAACUACAAUAAUAAUAAUAAAAGAAAUUGCGAUUGCCAGACUGGUCAAAUAUGUCGAUGUCACAAUACAAGGGCUAAGAAAAGAACAUCUAUAGCCUCUCCUCUGAUGGAAAAUAGGAGAGAUAGUAGCACAAGCAUAUUGAGUUCAUUCUCAAAUUCAAAUAUAAGUAGAGACAACAGUGGUCUAUUGGAUAUGUUUAAGAUCAAAGACUCUUCUAUUUCGCUGGCAAACUCUUUAUUAAAUGGUGGUUUCGAAGGAGAGCAAUACGAUAGUAAUGUAGGUUCAAGAACAUCAUCGGUUGUAAAUGAUCAAGUAUUUAUUCCCAAAGUUGAAAUACUUUCUUUAACUCCAGACUUCAUCGACUUUUUAAAUCCUGAAAAUUUAUUGAAAAAUAAUGAGAAUAUCAAUAUUGACACAAACUAUCUGGAAAACAUCCAAAACAAUGAUCCAGAUUUAAAUUUGAUGCCAUUGACUCCUUUAGAUGGGACUAUCAUCACCUCUACAAAUCCAAAUGAAAGCACAGAGACAGUCUCACCAAAAGACGAUAAAUUGAUUCCAAAUGACAUGGGAAUUGUAUUUAAUUGGAACUUCCAAGAUUUGGAUAAUUUAGAAGAUAUUAAAAAUUCAACUUCAUGA